CAUAUGUGUGUAUGUUUUUUUAACAAGUUUCAUUACGAUAGAAAAUAGACAAAGUCUCAUGGAAGAGACUCGCACACAUCAUGUCAUACAACAUGAUCAAGAGAAAAAUUAAUCCAAAAAAUACAAACCCAAUAAAAAUGAUUCUACUCUAACCCCUAGCGGAAAAUAUCUUCGCCAAAAAAAAAACCCCUAGCGGAAAGAUGCACCCUCAUGAUCACAAACCACCGUCAUUGGAAGCUUCUGUCACCACCUUGGUGUAACAUCUCAAAUCUCGAGCAAUUUAUAAAUCAAUUCGGUUUGAUGAGAAAUCAAGAAUUUCAACCAUAUUAGACGAAGUUGCGACAUUAUAGAUUGGUUUAUGAAAUUCUGAAUAUUCUGAAAUUAUGGUUACGUAUUUAAUAACAAAUCUCGCCUCCAUAAUUUAGAAAAUAUUUCCACGAUCACGUAUGAUUUUACGGAAUUACAUUUGGGUUACAAAUGGUGAGAUAUGUCAUUUUGAAGUCUGCAUUCCGUUAUUGAAAGAGUGUACGUACCGACACUAAUUUAGGCACAACUUAUUCGUUUGGAAUCGAAACAACGAGUCGUUUGCGCCCACGGGAUUGUAAUGGAAAGGAGAACAAUUUCAAAGGUUGAUAUAACAUGGCAGUGUAACUGACCACUUGACCUGACAGACGUACCAACCGCUAGAAAUUAAUGUCACAUUUUCUUUAGCAAGACAGAUUUGAUUUAUGACAAAAAUUGGAGAUAAGAGUUGCCUCCAGCUACCCAUUAAAUGAAAGUAACGUGGGUGGGGAAAAUUUGUCUCAAGGGAUCACUAAACCAAAUCUAAAGAGCAUCCUUUUCAACCCUUCCAACUUCACAACUCCAUUUUCCUCCGUAAAUGAGCAUAGAGAAAGAGGGAGUGAAGGAAGAAGUGAGGAAGAAAGAAAAGAGGAGGAAACCAAGCAUUUUUCACUUUGCUUCCCAUUUAGUAUUGUUGUGUGUUUUUGUUUCCUGUUGCCAAAUGUAAAAAUGCAAAAACCGAGGAGAAAAAACAUGUUUAGUGUUGUUUCUUUUUGUUGUUGUGAAAUGGGGUUUGGCAACACAGCCCAAACCAACGAAACGUAAAUUUGUAGUUUCAAAUAUGUUUUUCUGACGCGUUGCACGCGGGUUUUCUACUGGUUAGAGAUGUGUUUUCAUUAAAACCCAUCCCCCGUUCGAAUCCCAGUGACCCCCUGCUUCAUUUUUUUUAUCAAUGAUUUUAUCCCAAACCCUGUUCCCAGAAACGAGCCUCCCUUUAUUUUCACUCAAAAUCGCCGCACAACUCUCUGCAUCUCUCUCUCCGACCGACUCCCGCAGAUCAGCUUGUUAUUCUUCCCCUCCGACUAUGACUCCGACUGCAAUGGCGGCGGAAGAGAAGGUAAGAAGCAAAAAAGGUCGGUGGAGGAUUGCCACAUUAGUAGAAGAGGGCUCUGAAGCCUGGGAUUUUGCGGCGAGUUAAGGAAGGCGAUGACGGUGGAAGGCGACGAUCGUUUGAGUUUCAAAUUAGCAGUAAGUCUCUGAUUCCUUGUAUUUUUUAAUUUGUCAUUGAUUUCUGUUGGAUUGUGUGAUAUGAUCCCAAUUGGAUCAAUCCACAAUUCAAAAUUGCUUGCCAAAGAAGUCAUCUCAACUCACUUGGAGAAUUCUGAUUUUUGGCCAAGUGUUGAAACAGUUUCAGGUAGCCUACUUUGGAAGCUUGUAUCUCACAAAUGGCUCCAUGGAAAUUGGAUAUCAAGAGCUUGUUUUAAAGAUAAAGUUUCCAUAUUUUCAAUGGUAUGGUUUUUGGAUCCAGAAGAUGUCAGUAAGGCUGUUUUCCAAGGCCUCAAAGUUGCUACCUCAGAACUUGAAAACUGCCAAAAAAUGGCUAAGGCAGAAAACUGUUUUGUGAAGCCUACUUUGGAGCUCAAUUCAAGGAGCAUGGAGGGGAUUCAAGUCAAAGGGCUUCCACAAAAUGAAAAUAGGUAUGAUUAUGUACAAAUGGAAGGAAUUGGAUGAAGGAUUGGAGUUCGGGAAGGCUUCGAACAAAAGGCGUGAAGUUAGUCCAAAAUCUAUCUUUUGACUGUUUUGCUGGCAGCUUACUUGUGCUUCAAGAAAGGGAGUUUAAACCCAAAUUUUGUGUCCUUUUUAGUGUAGACUUUUACCUUAAUUUUUGCCUAGUUCUAUUAGGAUUUUAUUAGGUUUUAUUUGCCUUUAAAUACCGUUCUAUUUAUGUUGUAAAACAGAAGACUUUGAUCGAAAAACAAACCCUUUGGUUUUGUGCAAGUUGCGACUUGUUUGGUGGAUUCCAAGCUUGUGAGCUUUGUAUCGAUUGAAUAUCCUCUUCAAUCAUGGUCGAGCAACUACCCUUUUAUACCAUACGAGCUUUCCCCAGGUGUGGAAUUGUCUGUUGGUUCUGUUUUAUCCCAAUUUCGUAUUAAGAACGCGUUGUUCUUGAUUCGAGUUCAACCAAUCUUUGGAUUGAUUGUUUGCUGCGUUACUUUGAUAAAAAUACACCCCCCAGGGUCAUAUUAAGUGGUAUCAGAGCCUGGUUCUACACAAGGGCGAAGGAGAAGAAGCAAUCAAGCGUUACGGCACAAGCAAAAUUCGUGUUUAAAACAGGGCAGCCCCUAUUCGUGUAUUACAGCUGCUGUUUCGUGAGAAAUUUCAAUGAAAAAUUCCCUUCGAGCAAUGGAGUUGGUAGAGGGCAGUAAGGAGGAGCAGCAUGCUCGAUUUUGUGGCAAAGAGAAGUCCCCAACAGUCGUCAUCACGCAUAGAGAGACCGACGAACAGCGGGAUAACUUAUUUCACAGUAGAUGCUUCAUCGAUGGAAAAUUGGUGUCACUCGUGAUCGAUGGAGGGAGCUGUGCAAAUAACUUAAGCCUGGACGCUAUCAGCAAGCUUGGAUUGACAACGCAACGACAUACCCAGCCUUACCAACUCAGUUGGAUCAAUGAACACGGAACAAUCAAUGUGACCACACAAGCUUUAGUUCGUUUUAAUCUCGGAAAGUACGAGGACGAGGUGUUAUGUGACGUUGCACCGAUGCAAACAACUCACCUAUUGCUUGGUAGGCCUUGGCAAUUAGACCGUAAGGUCACAAAUGAAGGAUGGAUGAACUAUUACAAGUUUCGACACCAAGGAAAGAAGUUCGUUCUGAAACCUCUUUCGUCAGGCAAAGUUUACGGCGAUCUCAAGCAAUUGGAGUCAAAUCGAAUCAUGGGAAAGGAGUCUCGAGCUCAGUUAUGGGUGCAGAGGCGAGUGGGAUUCAAUUUCAUGAACUUUUGUAAGCUUCCCAAGGAAAAUUCGACGUUGGAGCAAACCACCAGCAACGAACCCUGUUUUUCUAUGAAAAGACAGAGUGUCGACUUUGGAAGGGUGUCCGAUGACGAAGAAGGAAAGGAAGAGCUCGCCAUGGCCAGAGAAGUGUCCGAGGAUGCUGAAGGGAUGAUGGAAGAUCCAUGAGAAGUUUCAAAGAUGGCGGGCAACGUGCGAAUCAGACUGGUGACGAGAGCAGCAGAACUCUGCUUUCCAACGACGGAACAGGGCAGGAGAGAGGUGCUUUUGGUCGGAGCAGCUCGCGCAGCGCCGAGCUUAUCCGUUGACGUCGUUACCUUCCACGAGAGCCUAGAAAUCUCCUACGAUGGCGGAAUGGACUCGCACAUGCCUCCAUUACAGAAUCAAAUUCGAGGUCACCUGCCCCUGCAAACGAAAGAACACGACCAAAAAAUUGUUGAAUGUGUUGGAGUGAUUGAGAACGAGUCGACGCAAUUGGCCACUGCAGAAUCAAUGAAAUCAAUCCCCAGAUGCUUUAACGUCGAUCGAUUUGAUCCGAAGAGACCUCAAUAAAAAAAUGCCCAAUCUGGGUUUUUUGAUCCCAAACACGAAGAACAACGAGGAAAAGGGAGGUGACUUUGUUGUGGAGUUUGGAGAGGAUUUGACGCAAGCUAGCACUUGGGUUCGAUUUCUGGAGUAUCAAGGAUGGUGAAGGAGCAAAAAAAUUGGAACGAAAGCGCUUGGAUUGGGUUUCCCCAAUUUUGCAGGUAGCUCGCCGGAUUCUGGGUUUAGCUGGCCGGAAACUGGAAAUUUCAAAAUUCCCAGAGGCGGGAAUUUUGGGAGCUUCGACUUGGGACGAUUUGCGCGACGUCGAUUCAAGAAAGGAGUUGCAAACGAACACUGGAGGUGCGAAAACCCUUCUGGAGGUGAUGAAUGGAAGCGGAAUGGAGCGAGGACGAAAGCCCUAAUCUCAACGACCUCGUCGGAAACCUUAGUACCGCCGGAUUCUGGACAAUUUUCGUUGGAGUUCAAAAAUUUGCACGAGCCGAUUCUGUGUCAAAUUUCAUUCAGUUCUUGCGUAGGUAAGAUCCUUUGGAGUCCCACGAAGCUACUGAACGGGUUGAAGAUGAGUAUGAAGCUGAAAUCUUUGCGUCGAAAACAGUGUUUGAGAAGCCUACUUUCGAUCCACUUUGGGAUCAAUUCUAUGAAGUUUUUGACAAGAAGCAGCUUCAAGCUUUGAGGUCAAAGCUUUUUGAAUAGGGAAUGAUGCGAUAUCGACUAGCAUGAUAUUUAAUUCCCGGGGUCCAAAAAUGAAGAUUCUAAUUCGACGAUAUAGGUAUCAAUUGGCAGCUUUCUUGAUGAAUAAAUUGGCUCCUAGCUGCUGACCAUUACACGUUAACAUGAUUAGAAGUUAUUAUGCAUGAUGUAAUUAGGUGAUUAAAUUAUUGUUGCAUGGAUUUUUGGAUGGCCACGUGAAAAGAAAAGCAAUAUGUUUGCUAUAAUUAAUCUCCAAUUGAUCAAGAAAGGAAUGUGUCUGUGCAAGCUCUCGUGAAGAUGGAAGGAUUGGGAGCAGAUCCGGUGAGUAACCUUGUGGUGAGUAACUAUGAGUAAUCCGUCCACAUCAGCAUGACAUCAGCAUCAUCUCUCUCCUGGAAAGCCUUUAAUUUUCCCCUCUUUAAUCUUUGACAGACCAUUUCUCACUCAUUUUAAGUCGAAAUAUAAUUUUGUUUGCACAGUUAGAUCAGAUUAAUUAUGCUCUUCAAAAUGAUAUUCACUUUAAUAUAUUUUUCGAACAAAAAAAAUUGAGCCAUUUUUUACCAGUCUAUACCAUAUGGUAUUGACUGGUAUUGAAAUAAAAGCAUACCUAUGGUUUGAAAAAAGUACCAUGGUGGUAUGAACAAACCAAGACUGUAGGAUGGUUGAAUACAUGAUAGUAGAAAUAUAUUAAUUGUCAUUUACGACUUUUAACAUUGUAUACCACAAGAUACCACCCCGUACCAGGGUGGUAUUGUAUGGUGUUGUGUGCUAUUUUUUGGUCCUGUAAUUUGUUCACCCAUAAAUUUGUAGAUCCAAUAGAUCAUGAUGAACUCGUCCCUUCUGUGCAAACGUUUUCAAAAACAAAUUAAAAACGAAGAA